UCGCGAGACCGGGACCCAUUAGGGUCGCUGGUGGUUACGGGGUCGCAGCCUGACGUUCUCUCGGGCGCCUCUCGGUCCUGCAGCCCAACCCUCCGUUCGGCCUGCCUCUGGCCCACCGAGAGUGAAGGCUGAGUAAAUGGCCGGCAGGAGUAGCGAUGAGAAUGAGGACCAUCCGAAGGUUAAACGGCCUUGCGGGCGGCCUCCUGGCUCUAAAAUUCGGCUCUCGGCAGCGGCUUAGGCCGCCCGGGGCGAAGCGGAGCACCCGGCUCCCGGCCGGACGCCUGUCAUGAGGAGGCGGAGGGUCAUGCUCCUGGAAGACAACUUGAAAAUUCUCGAGAAGCUGGAAGAAUGCUUGAGUAACACCGACGUGGGGCGCCUUCCUGGCGUUAAUGAGGCAACCGUGCGCACCGUUAGGAAAAACGAGAAGGCCAUCAGGGACAGCGUGGAGAAUGUUUCGCCCAUCUACUCCUAAGUGCUGUGCAUUCCCCGUGACUUUUACAUCGAGAUGGAGACCGAGUUAAUCCUUUGGGUCGAGGAUUAGACCGUAGAGGGGCCUCUGACGAUGAAGGCCAUUUGGCCUGGCCAGACGCGUGUACAAGCAGCUGGUGGAGACCACUGGGAAGGGCAACCCAGAUACGUUUCAUGCGAGCAAGGGAUGGUUUGAGAGGUGUAGAAAUCGCUAUAGUCUGCGAAAUUCGAGGUUGAUGGGGCAGGAAGAAUCUUUAAAUGCCCAGUCAUUACCCGAGUAUUCCAAGCCACUCCAGAAACUGGUCAGAGCUAGAGGCUUUGUACCUCAGCAGGUCUUCAACGCUGAGGAUAUGAGCCUGUUUUGGAAGUGCUUGCCUUCGCGUACUUUUAGGGAAACAGACAAAAUCCAGAAAGUUUAGAGGAAGCUGAAGACACCAAGUCCCUAAUUUUUUUGUGCCAGUGCCGUAAGUGACAAAAUGAUAAAGCCGUUGCUGCUUUGUAAAGACCCUGAUCCCACUUGUCUUAUGGAAAAAAUAAAAAAUAAAAAACGCCGUCUUGUUUUCUGGCGAGCCCUAACAAUAUGGUUAACAGCUGACUUCUUUUUGGAUUGGUUUCGUAGUUGUUUUAUCUGUCAAACCUAGAGUUUUUUCACAGAAAAAAAUCUUGAAUUUAGAGUGUUACUGAUUUGGACAGAGGUCCCAGUCACCCGGACUCAUUCUUUGCUCAUCCUACUGUUGAUACUGUGUUUUCUCCCCCUGGAAAGCACUAACUGCCUUCAGCACUUGGAUCAGGGUAUAAUUGGAGCAUUCAGGAGAUAUUACACCAAGCAUAUGUUUGACCACUUUACUGACUAUUGAAAAGAACCCUUGCCUCACUUUGAAAGAAACAUGGUAACAGUGAACAUUGCUGAAGUUUUGGUAGUGAUAAGAGGUGAUGGAUGAUGUAAAACCAGCUGCUCUUAAUAAAGUCUGGCGGAAACUUUGGAACAAUACUGUGAAUGAUUAUGUAUGUUUCCCUAGAGCUAAUUAAGUUGAAAAAAGUCAUAGAGUCUGCAAGAUGGAUGUGCUUUAAAUUCAUUGAUAUUGAUGAAAGUGAAAUUAAUGAGCUACUUCAGUUUCAAACUUUGGCAAUAACAGAGUAUAUCUAUAGAUGAGGAAGAACACAAGUCUUUGAAAGUAGACAUAAAGAUGAAUCUAAGGAAAUUAAAUGCUGUCUUAUACCAAGUGUGGAAGGACUAUCAUUUAGUCAUUCAGCAAACAUUUAUUAAGCAUAAUCUGUGUGAGGCCCUGUGCUAAACUCUGGACAUCUCAGGAAAUCAUCUCAGGAUCUAAGGUAAAAUGGUCAUUAACAGUGGCUUUAUUAAUGUCACAGGUAUCAAAGAUCACAGUCUUGAUUUACUUUAGUGGACUUCAAAUAAAAAGGUUCUUUUUUUAGGACCACUUGGCCUCAUUUUCUGUAACCCUGUUUUUUCCAUACAUGCUAAAUUCUUAAUCUCAGAUGGAGAUUUUCUGAGUUAAGCUUCUUUGGUAGUUGGCAUGAGAGUACUUGCUCUUGAAUUGCUGUCAUGGCCUUAUGUUUUAUAAAGUACUCUUAUAUUAAUCUACUCUAUUAAUUAAUCUUCACUUUAGACCUAUGAAGGAGAUGCUAGCUCUUUCUUUACCAAAAAAACCCCUCAAAAGCUCAGAGAGGUUGAGUAAUUUGCCUGAGCCUGUAUAGCUGUUGAUGUAAAUGAUAGGGCUAGGCCUACAGCUGACUUAAGACACUUUGCUAGAAGUGUAUUAGGCCUUUAAAAAUUUAUAGUCCCACAGAAUGAGACAGACAGGUAAACAGGUAAAUUAAACACAGGUUGUGAACUGGUGCCUGCAGGCCAGAUUUGGCUAACGUGUUUUGUAUGGUCUGCCCAGUUUAAAACAAUUUUGAAUUGGUUUUCAGCAUUUCCCCCCACCCCGUCCCUGCCUUUAAGGUGCUAUUUACAUAAAAUACAGUUCGCCAAUUUAAGUGUAUAGUUUGUUGAAUUUUUUAAUGUUUGUGUAACCAGUACCACAAUCAAGAUAUAGAACAGUUUCCUUGGCUUAAAGUUUACUUGUGCCCUUGUCUACUCAAUCCCUUCUCCUGCCCCAGAAAUGUCAUUUAAUAAUCAAGAUAUUUCACAUUAAAAAGCUAGAUUAAAAAAUUGGAAACCCUGACGAAGUGGACUCUGCAUCCCUGAAGGGCAAUAGUCAAUCAUUAGCUUGCUUCUUUUUAAAAUUUGUUUGCAUCUCCCCAUGGUUGAUGUUAAAUGCUGCAACAGAAAUGUGUACAAAGUGCCUUAGGGGAAACAGAGGACUGUGGGACUAAUUAACCUUGGGAAAGACUGCACAGAGCAGCUGGCCUGGAAAGACGAAAGAGUUCAUAGGGAGAGCUGUCGGGAGCAAGAGUGUUCUAAGCCAAGGAGGAUUAGAAGGGAGAUCCUGGGAGAAGGGGGUGACAGGGGAACAGGAAGGCAGCCACGUGUGUGCUUCAUUUAUUUGUUUUUGUUGGCGGGAUGAGCCUCUAUAAAGUGUAAGAGUUUUGUGUAUCUGUAUUAGUGUUUGUGGGCUGUUGUUUCUGAAGGUUUUGUAUAUCUAAGAAACUUAGGUCUUUUUAUCUCUGCAUCUGUGGAGAUUUUAUGAUUCGCGCGUGUGUGUGUGUGUGUGUGUGUGUGUGCAUUAGAAUGGGAGGGGAAAAUUAGUAUUUUUAUUUUUGCAGGGGUUGGAGGUUUGCAUGUGGUGCUUGGGUUGCCCAGUGAAAACUUCUCCCUCUUUCCCCGCCCCCUCCUUCUGGCCUGGCUGGGACCUGGCUGGGCAGUGAGGCAGGCAGCAGGUGGUAAGGCGAGAGGGCUGUUCAGGCCCUUCGUUCCCGCCCAUCAGCCAGCAACUCGGGCCGAAGGUCCAAUAGGCUGUGCUGCUCAGUUACUGGCGACGCCAUGGACAGGCUGGGCGCACGGUGCCCCCUGCCAGGCUGCCCUCGGCCCUCAGUCCUUAUAUGCCUCCUGGUGAGUGUUCCACCCUGCUGUGAGUCCUCUCAUCUCUAAACCUCCACCCUGGGAUUGAGGAGAGAAGGUGCAUUUGUCUUUACUCUUCCUGGGAUUUUGAGCUGGAGGCAGAUCCUGACAGCUUCUUUCCUGACAUACCCCAUGCUCAGGACCCUUAGCCUGCAGCUCCACUCAGUUGUCACUGGCAGCUAUGUCUCCGGCACUUACUCCAUUGUCUUUGCCAACUGUCCCAACGAGCAGAUUGCCAGAGAUAUUGCCAGGGCUGUCCUGGAUAAGAAGCUGGCUGCAUCUGUGAACAUCCUGCCUAAGGCAUCCUCACUGUACUUUUGGAAUGGAGAAAUAGAAGAGGCCACUGAGAUCCUGUUGCUAAUAAAGACGAAGACUUCCAAGGUCCAUACGCUGUCCAGCUACAUCAGGUUGAUGCAUCCUUUUGAAAUCCCAGAGAUCUUCAGUCUUCCCAUAGACCGAGGAGAUGCACACUAUUUAAAGUGGCUGGAGGAGAGCAUGAAGGAGGAAUGAGUGGGGGCUUUUUGUGCACCCUGCUGGCAGCCUUGAGCCUUCAGCAGCUGUACCAUGGGGGAGGAGAGGCUUCUGUCUGCCUCGCAGUGUCGCCAUGUUUUUGUCAGCACAGAGGAGCUGAGUCACUUUGGAGGAUGAAGGUCUGAGGCUCCUGAGGCUGGAAGAGGACACUGGGCCAUUCAGGCCAAACAAGAACCCAGUGGAACUUGUCUCCGAGUGUGUCGUGCUUGAAGGUGGCCAGGGGUGGGAUGAUGAAGAUGAUCGUGUGUAGGGGCCAAGGGGAAGUGGCAGUGAGGGUGGUAUUUGUCAUCUGCAGUCACUGAGCCAAUGUCGAGUACCUAGUAUGUAAUUACUCUGCUUCUCAUGAGGGGUGGACCUGAGGACCUGUUCACUUAGGAGUGUGGGAGAAAUGCCACUUUCUAGGGGAACCAGAAGUACUUUAUCCAAAAGGAUGAAUUGGUAAUGGAAUUUCAAGGCCAAGCAGAAUUAGCUCUCCUGGCUAAAGAUGGUGUUUGUUACUCCUGGGUCCUGAGGACGCGGGGCUGGGAGCGGGCUUCAUGAGUGCAUUCAGAACCGGGGAACAGCAGGGCUGAGACACAGCCUCUCGGGUUGGGAGUGGUCUUGGCUCUUUCCAGGCCUAGUGUGGCAGACAUCAGCAGGUUCUGGUGCCUUGCUCAGUGGCGACGUAGAUUCUGAGCCCACCAUGCUAACCUUUCCACUUGAGCACUGAAACCGAGCAUCCCCGGGUAGGAAAGAACCCUCAGGAACUGCUAGACCGGUGUUGUUCAGACUUGGUCCACAGAGCCCAGGGGCUGACAGGAGGCACCCUAGGGGCCACCUGGGCGUGGCGGUAAGAGUUGGGGCCCCCACUCACACCUCAGCCAGUGCAGCUGUGCUUUUAUUAUUUGUGUAUGUAGAGCUAAGUGUGUGGUGUUUGUUUGAUAAAGGUUUGUAAGUCAGU